AUGGGCCCCGCGAUGGAGCGGAGGCAGCGGGGAUGCCGUGGAGCCCCUGCCUGGGGGUGCCGCCGCCUGCUGCUCCUCCUCUGCGCCCCUCUGCUCUGCGCUUCUGGGGACACCAGCGCCGGCCCGAGCUGGUUAAAAACCUAUGGUUAUCUGCUUCCUUCUGACAUCCGAAUGUCUGCUCUGCACUCAGGAAAAGUUAUGCAGUCUGCAGUCACCACUAUGCAGCAGUUUUAUGGCAUCCCUGUGACAGGAGUGUUGGACCCAACGACAAUUGAGUGGAUGAAAAAGCCUCGCUGUGGUGUUCCUGAUCAUCCCCACCUAAGCCAUAGACGAAGGAGCAAGCGAUAUGCACUAACCGGACAAAAGUGGAGGCAGAAGCAUAUCACAUACAGUGUUCACAACUACACCCCCAAGGUUGGAGAGCUUGAUACAAGGAAAGCCAUCCGGCAAGCAUUUGAUGUUUGGCAGAGGGUGACUCCGCUCACCUUUGAAGAAGUUCCUUACCAUGAAAUUAAAAGUGACAGAAAAGAGGCAGACAUUAUGAUAUUUUUUGCUUCUGGUUUCCAUGGUGACAGCUCUCCUUUUGAUGGGGAGGGUGGAUUCCUAGCCCAUGCUUAUUUUCCUGGACCAGGGAUAGGAGGUGAUACUCAUUUUGAUUCAGAUGAACCAUGGACACUGGGAAAUUCUAACCAUGAUGGAAAUGACCUCUUUCUUGUUGCGGUGCAUGAACUGGGCCAUGCCCUAGGCCUUGAGCACUCCAAUGACCCCAGCGCCAUCAUGGCUCCUUUUUAUCAAUAUAUGGAAACGCACAACUUCAAGUUACCACAGGAUGACCUUCAAGGAAUCCAGAAGAUCUAUGGCCCACCUGCUGAGCCACUUGAACCCACUAGACCUUUACCAACCCUUCCUGUUCGUAGAAUCCAUUCCACUUCAGAAAGAAAGCAUGACAGACAUUCGAGACCUCCCAGACCUCCUCUAGGAGACAGGCCUUCUACCCCAGGCAGUAAACCAAACAUUUGUGAUGGGAACUUCAAUACUGUGGCUCUCUUCAGAGGAGAAAUGUUUGUUUUUAAGGACCGCUGGUUUUGGCGUCUCCGUAACAAUCGAGUGCAAGAAGGCUACCCCAUGCAGAUCGAACAGUUCUGGAAAGGGCUCCCUGCAAAAAUUGAUGCUGCCUAUGAAAGAUCUGAUGGGAAAUUUGUUUUCUUUAAAGGAGAUAAAUACUGGGUUUUCAAGGAGGUGACUGCAGAGCCAGGGUACCCACACAACCUAGUGGAGUUGGGCAGUUGUCUUCCCCGGGAAGGGAUCGACACAGCUUUAAGGUGGGAGCCUGUAGGCAAAACUUAUUUCUUCAAAGGAGACCGAUAUUGGAGGUAUAAUGAAGACAAGAGAGCAACAGAUCCAGGCUACCCCAAACCCAUCACUGUGUGGAAAGGAAUCCCACAAGCCCCGCAAGGAGCUUUUGUCAGUAAAGAAGGCUUUUAUACCUACUUUUAUAAAGGUAAGGAAUACUGGAAGUUUGAUAACCAGAGGUUGACUGUGGAGCCGGGAUACCCCAGGUCAAUCCUCAAAGACUGGAUGGGCUGCAACCAAAAGGAGGUUGAACGGAGCAAAGACCGGCGGCUCUCUCACGAUGAUGUGGAUAUUAUGGUGACUAUAAACGAUGUGCCUAGCACUGUCAAUGCAAUUGCAGUCGUGAUCCCCUGCAUUUUAUCUCUGUGUAUCCUUGUCCUGGUGUACACAAUCUUCCAGUUCAAGAACAAAGAGGUCCAGCAAAGCGUGACCUAUUACAGACGACCCGUACAAGAGUGGGUAUGACAGGCUCACCAGCUCGUUUGGGCUGACAAGAUGGAAGAAGACGGUGGCGACUAUUGAGGAUGGUGGCAACAGGCUGCAGACAUUUUAAAAAGGGGGAGAUUGAAGGAUAGCCUGCCAAACAAACAUACAUAACUCUUCAAGAGAUUUAGAUGAGUCAGAGAGAAUUCUGGGACUGAAAGAACAGGAACAAAAUUCAAUUAAACCCAGGUGGCCUUGCACGGUGGAGCCGCUUUCCUUCUGACUGACUGACUGCCUCAGUGCCGUGUAUGUCUCGGUGUGACAUUUUUCACCAACCCACUCAGUGAGUGUCAGAGACCUCAAGAGGAGUUUGCUUCAACCUUUUUUCAACUCACUCGAGCAAUCUUCUUCAGUGCCCUCUUUUAAACCCAGCAUUUGCCAGUGUAGCCAAACACCUCUCAACAAGUUGUUUUUCUCCUACACUUGUCUCAUAAAAGA